UAAUCUCAUUUGGUAUGAGAAUCCGAAGAAGAUAAGAAGGGAACAAACAAAACCUGAACCUCAAGCAAGCUCAAAGAAUUGUGAGAAGAAAGGAAGGACACAAAACGUAAGAGGCUGCUUCAAAUUCUUCAAGAUUGAAGGCAUCAAGGUUUUCCUUUUUUCCCCCUUUCCUGUUUAAUAUCCCCUUGUCCUCUUAUGUUUCCUCACUUCAUUGUGCGUCUAAAGGAUGAAUGCUUUAUGUUCAAGGCUUCAUAUGCCUUAGCCUUGGGAUCAAAUGACUUCGGGGAAAAUGAUUUGAUUAGGGAAUCCGUGAUCGUGAGAUAUGAGUAAUACCCAAGCAGCGUUCGGUGAAGAAUCCGGUGAAGGUAAUGCCCAAAUAGAGAUCGGUGAUGAACAAGCUGAAGGAAAUACCCAAGAAGAACCCAAUCGAGGCUUUGCCAAAGAGAUCGAUGAAGACGACGACGCUGAAGUAGAAAAAUUGACGGGGACAGAGGAUGGAGGCAUGAUGAGAACACUGUGUGGUGAUACGGAGGAUAAAAUGAUCUCGCAACCGAUUGACGGAAGUCGUCUAUGCGGGGAAGUUCAUGAUACCUUCUUGGAGAUGAGCAGAACCUCAAUCCGCUUGCUAUCGUUCCUCCCCGGCUCGAAUCCCGGGCGGAACUUUCCAUAUCUAAAGUGACAAGCUGCUUAUGCUCAUGAUUCUUAGAGGCUCUUACCUGUUGGAGAAUGUAAAUAUUGUUGGAAAACUCAGAGCCUUGACUGUUCUUGAGAUAUCUGGUUCAAGAGAUUGGAAGAUAAACUUCCCGGCUGACUUUUUCCUUCAAGUUCCCCGACUUCGGAGCCUGGACUUUUCUCGAACUGGA